UUUUGCCCACCCCCCAGCACCAGGUGUGGCCACUAGCCUAUAUGAAGGCCCAAAAUUGUGUGUUCCUUUCUGCUCUGACAAUGGCAUGCCCAUUCGUGCGAGAUGUGGUGGAUGAAGAAGCACUUGUGCUGAGGAGAGCCUUCAGGCGAGAAAGGGUCUUCAGGGCCGGUUGGACCCACUGGCCUUCCCUGAUGACCAUCUAUAUGAAAGAUACAGGUUUUCUGCAGAUGGCAUCAGGUAUCUAUGCAGACUACUGGGUCCCAGGAUUAAGCACCGCACUGCACGGAGCCAUGCACUGAGUGUGGAGCAAAUGGCUUGUGUGGCCUUGCGCUUUUUUGCUAGUGGAGCCUUCCUGUACUCAGUGGGGAUGCAGAACAGCUGAACAAGGCCACAAUUUGCCGCACAAUAAGGAGUGUGUGUCUGGCUAUCAAAGCAUUAGCAGAUGUCUUCAUCUCCUUCCCUGGCCACAGAAGACUCUGUGACAUCAAAGAGGAGUUCUAUAGGAUUGCAGAUGGUCUGCAAUGCUGACUGUGUGAUCAGCAAUGUUGUGGCAAAAUGGCCUGGCUCAGUCCAUGACUCCAGAAUCUUUCGGGCCUCUGAAAUCUAUCACAAGGUGAAUUCUCUGGUGUGUUGCUGGGAGACAGGGGUAUGGCUGCCAGCCUUUUCUCCUGACACCUUUCACAGACCCCAGGAAGCACAGCAGGCCUACAACCAUGCCCAUGCCAGGACCAGGGCCAGAGUUGAAAUGACCUUUGGCCUCCUGAAGGCACGCUUUCACUGCCUUCACAAAUUAAGGGUCAGCCCUGUUAGGGCAUGUGAUAUUACUGUGGCUUGUGCUGUCCUCCACAAUGUGGCCUGCCUGAGGAAGGAGAGGGCCCCCAGAGUGCCACCAGCCAUGGACUGGGACAAUCCGGCAAUCUUCCCUGAUGACGACAGUGGUCGGCUGCUGAGGGACCAAUAUGUGUUGAAUUAUUUUAGUUAGUAUGUGUGCUUUCAAUUUUGGUUAAAUAUGUCCUGCGGUGGCAGAGGAAUUUGUUUUUUUGGGUUCGUUUUUGACGAAUUUGGCCUCUUAUGAUGUUUGUGCGGUAUACUGUGUGUAAUACAAGGCUGCAGGGAGGCUACUGCAUCCAUUCAUUUGUCUGUUCAGUUGAUGUGUAUGGAUUUGUCCUGCAUUUAUUUUAGUGUGCAGACAUGCAGGGUGUGUUAUAUACAGACCUUUGAAUGUGUAUGUAUCAUUUUGUAUAAUAUGCUUGGAUUCUGUGCUUUCCAUCUUGUAGAGUCACUGUGACUUCAGUUUCGAAAGGAGCUGAUGGUUUACCUGCUUUGUUUUGUCCUUAUUCAAUAAAGGAACAUAAUGUUA